GUGUCCGCGGACAGAGUCAAUUGAUAAAGUUGCACUGGUUUGAAUCCUUCUCUGGCCAGGAUGGCGGACUACGAUCUGACGAUGCGAAUUGCAAAUUUCCUGGAUCGCCACUUGGUUUUCCCGCUGCUCGAGUUCCUGUCGGUCAAAGAGAUUUACAAUGAAAAGGAGCUUCUCCAAGGGAAACUGGACCUACUCAGUGACACAAACAUGGUUGACUUCGCUAUGGAUGUAUACAAAAACUUGUAUCUUGAUAAAGAGAUUCCUCAAGCUCUGAGAGAAAAGCGUACAACUGUGGUUGCACAACUGAAACAACUCCAGUCAGAAACGGAACCAAUUGUGAAGAUGUUUGAGGACCCAGAAACUACACGGCAAAUGCAGCCCACCAGAGAUGGGCGAAUGCUGUUUGAUUAUUUAGCAGAAAAGCAUGGGUUUCGUCAGGAGUAUUUAGACACUUUGUACCGAUAUGCUAAAUUCCAAUAUGAGUGUGGUAAUUAUUCGGGUGCAGCAGAGUACCUUUACUUUUUCCGAGUUCUGGUUCCUUCAACAGACCGGAAUGCUUUAAGUUCCCUCUGGGGCAAACUAGCAUCAGAGAUACUGAUGCAGAAUUGGGAAGCUGCAAUGGAGGAUCUAACACGACUCAAAGAGACCAUUGAUAACAAUACUGUCAGUUCUCCUCUUCAGUCUCUUCAGCAAAGGACAUGGUUAAUCCACUGGUCACUGUUCGUAUUCUUCAACCACCCCAAAGGCAGAGACAACAUCAUUGACCUUUUCCUCUAUCAACCGCAAUAUCUAAAUGCCAUUCAGACUAUGUGUCCACACAUUCUUCGUUACCUGACCACAGCUGUGAUCACCAAUAAGGAUGUCCGAAAACGUAGGCAGGUCCUAAAAGAUUUAGUAAAAGUCAUCCAGCAGGAGUCUUACACAUACAAAGACCCAAUCACAGAAUUUGUGGAGUGCCUGUAUGUGAAUUUUGAUUUUGAUGGUGCUCAGAAAAAGCUCAGAGAGUGUGAAUCGGUGCUUGUGAAUGAUUUCUUCUUGGUGGCCUGCCUUGAGGACUUCAUAGAGAAUGCCCGGCUCUUUAUCUUUGAGACAUUUUGUCGUAUUCAUCAGUGCAUUAGCAUCAGCAUGCUUGCAGAGAAACUGAAUAUGACUCCUGAAGAAGCAGAGCGAUGGAUUGUCAACUUGAUUCGAAAUGCCAGGCUAGAUGCAAAAAUAGAUUCCAAACUGGGACAUGUCGUCAUGGGAAACAAUGCUGUUUCACCAUACCAACAGGUUAUUGAGAAAACAAAAAGCCUCUCUUUUCGGAGUCAGAUGUUGGCUAUGAACAUUGAGAAAAAGAUGAAUCAAAACAACAGGACUGAGGCUCCCAACUGGACUACUACAGACUCUGGCUUUUACUGAAAAUAAAUGCUGAAUAAUAUACAAAUUGAAGAUCAGACCAGUCCUGGUUUACCAGACCAAAUGAAGUUCAUCUUUGCAAUAAUCCAUUUUUAAUAUCUUUGUCACAUUUUGAAAAUUGUGUUUAUGGGUCAAAUAAAAUGUGAUUUUAAAAUA